AUGGUGUGCCGUGUACACGAAAAAUGUUCAGCUAUGUCCAACAACACGGUAACAUGGUUAAUCGUGCGAUUUUUUGCUACCGGGGAAUCUUAUAGGUCUUUAGCUUUUAGUUUUCGUCUGGGAUUUAGCACAACCAGAGAAAUCGUUGAAGAAGUCUGUGAAGUUAUCUGGAAAACAUUAAGGCCAAUUUACAUGCCAAAACCCACCAAAGAAGAUUGGCAAAAAAUUAGCAGGGAAUAUAAAGAAUUAUGGAAUUUUCCAAAUUGUAUUGGGGCUCUCGACGGCAAACACAUUAAUAUUCAACGUCCUAUAAAUGGUGGAUCGGCAUAUUUUAAUUACAAAGGGGCUAAUUCGAUCGUCUUGCUUGCUUUGGUAGAUGCUCACUAUAAAUUUAUAACUGUUGAUGUAGGUUCUUAUGGUCGGAACUCAGAUGGGCAUGUAUUUGCUAAAUCCGCAUUAGGAAAAGCAUUAGCAAACGGCAGAUUAGAUGUUCCACCUGUUACACCAAUAGAAGAAAAUGGAGACCCAAUACCAUUCGUAAUGGUUGCAGAUGAGGCGUUUCCCUUGAAGUCAUAUCUUAUGAGACCAUAUAGCAGGGCAACUUUAGGUGGAAAUGAAGGAAACAAAAUUUUUAACUACAGACUUUCUUGUGCAAGACGUGUAGUGGAAAACGCGUUUGGAAUACUUUCAAAUCGUUGGAGAGUGUUUAGAACAAAUAUUCAAAUACAACCUAAAUCCGUAGACAACAUAGUACUUGCUGCAUGUUGUCUUCAUAAUAUGUUAUGCCAAAGCCAUGAUUUUCAACUAAGAGGGAAUAGCACCCAGAGAUCAUUUGAAAUACGUGACAAGUUUAAAGAUUUUUUUUCAUCAUCUGUGGGGGCAGUACCAUGGCAGUACGAAAUGAUUUGGAGAGGAAGAAUUAAUGAUUGA